AUGCAAUCAAAUGGUAAACAUAAUCAUCUCGUUCAACUAGAACAAAUCGGAGUUAAACUUUUUCAAGAAGCUCUUAAAGUACGUGUUAUCAAUGAAACAACACCGAUUUCGAAGAUAUUAUAUGAUGAAGAGAUGGUUAAAGCUCAUUUAUCACCAGAAACUCUUGCAAAUGUACCACUGGUUUCCAGUAUAAAUUCUGCAUUGAAUCGAACACGACGAAAACGUACACCAGUUCUUCCAACGUCUUGUUCAUUUGAUAUUAUUCCUGAUUUAUAA